UGUGGAAAGGAGAAUGGCUGUAUGAAUCCUUGCAUUUGGCAACAAAAGAGUGCCAUGUUUAAUUCUUUAUCUUCUUUGGAAAGCUGCUGCAUCACUCUCCCUAACUUUCUCUACAUGAUGAUAUGCUAUCAUUUUAAGUUUCCACAUAAUGUUCUCUAGGAAACACAGAUUAGAACAUCCUAACAAAUUCGGAGUCAAUCAAUGUAGUGCUUACAACCAUUGGAAACAUAAUGAACACUGUUUAAUACAAUCAUGAGGCAAGACAAAUAGAUAAUUUCCCCACCCCACAAAUGAAUUUUAUAAUUUGAUUUGGGAAACAAUAAUGACAGCAAUGAAGGGGAACAAUAUGACCAGGAAAUACUCCACGUCCAUUAGGGAAGGAGAGGUCAAAAGCAGGGACAAAGUGAAGACAUUUGCAUAUGUAAAAUUCAGAGUAGAAAAAAAAUUAAAGCCGAACGAAAUGUAUAUAUCAGUUAAAAGGCUUUGCUGACUGAGAAGUUAUGUUCGAGAAGCCCCCGUGGUUAGCCAAAAGAGAAAAGGCCGCACCUUUUGUUUUUCUAUUCUUGACGUUUGGCCUACAAGCCCCCAACCUGACAACACUUUCAAAUUCCACGUAUUAAAAAAAACCUUUUUUUCUCCAAAAAAGCUGGUUUUGUAAAUUUUUACGAUACUAAAAAAGUUUAGAGGAUUUUCCUUUUCACUUUCUUUCUGUGAAAUUUCAGAAAGAGAUCUAAAAGCUUCAAGAAAGAGAGAAAAUCAAAGAAAGACCAAAAAAAGAGAAGAAUGCUGAAAUUCCAAUUCUUAUCUUGUCCGCCACUCUAUGCCCAAACCUUAAACCCCAACCCCAACUCCAACACCAAGCUUUGCCCUUUUUUCUGUCACUCUUUUUCUUCACUCAAGUGCACCCAAACCCAUGCCAUUAACUUUAAUCCCCUCUCUUUAACCCUAAAACCCUCCAAGUUUUCUCUCAAAUGCCGCCAAUCUGAGUACUUCGACCAGAAACAGAGGUUUAGUAACUCUUCUUCCACUUCAUCGCCGCCACCCUCAGCAGGGUUGCCGCCUAGGUUUUAUGUGGGUCAUUCAAUUUACAAAGGGAAGGCUGCUCUCGCUGUGGAGCCAAGGGCCCCUGAGUUUGUGCCUUUAGAUUCAGGGGCAUUUAAAGUAUCCAGGGCAGGUUUCGUGCUGCUACAGUUUGCGCCUGCUGCUGGUGUUAGACAAUAUGAUUGGAGCAGGAAGCAGUUGUUCUCAUUAUCAGUGACAGAAAUUGGAACUCUAAUUAGCCUUGGUGCAAGGGAAUCAUGUGAAUUUUUCCAUGAUCCGUUUAAAGGAAAAAGCGAGGAAGGAAAGGUUAGGAAGGUCUUAAAGGUAGAGCCACUCGCUGAUGUGUCUGGCCACUUGUUUAACCUUGGUGUUCAAAACAAACUUCUAAACAUGGACCAAAAUAUUUAUAUUCCUAUCACGCGAGCAGAGUUCACUGUCCUCAACUCAGCAUUCAAUUUUAUUUUACCGUAUCUGUUAGGUUGGCAUGCCUUUGCAAAUUCCAGCAAACCCGAUGAGACAACUCGUUUGAAUAAUGCCAAUCCCAGAUCUGGAGGUGACUACGAGUGGAGCAGGUAGUUCAUAGAGUAGACUUGUCAAAAUUUUUGUCAUUGGAUUAUCUCGAUGUUACUUUGAAAAUCACUCUGUAUUAUAGCCAGCUUAGGGAAAAUUCUCCCAAAAAAUUUUUCUGCGCCUUGUGCUUUAAAGCUGAUGCUAGCAGUUCGUUCAAAUUAGUUUUGAGUGAUAGAUAAUUGACCAAUACGGCAUUGGAUUGCUUUUGUUUUAUUUCACAAAUUUCAUUGUCUUCCGACAGUGCAAACUUUUGCCGAUGGUUGGUUAUCCUAUAUUUGGUAACUAGUAGUCUGUCCAUAUAUGGAAUAUAUGGUGCAAUUUGAUAAACAAAUUGCAAACUAUGCAAUAUGCAUUAUUGCAUUU